UGUGAUAAGAUCCAUGUGAGGCAAGGAUUUGAUUUUCUCGCUACCAUGAGAUUGUAAGAGAGUGAGACUGUGCUGGCGGACGGACAGCGCGUGACAGUAAAUGUCCCAGGUGCAUUUUCCCAGGUCCUGUUUUCGCAGCAGUAGAGAUGCGGUGCGGAUGGGGAUUGAUGGAUUCUCACAGAGGGACAGAGGGACACCACGCUCUCUCUCUCUCUGAGAGCGGGCACCAGCUCAUUACGCUAAUGCACCGCGGCUUGGAGGAAAGCUGGCCAGGGCCACUAAUCUUGAUGAUAACCACUAAUACUACACACCCACCCCACCCCCCAUUAGUGUCAGUGGCUAUGCACAGGACCGCUCCGCUGUGGAAGGUCCAAGCAGGAUUUUCCCUCCGCGAGAAUAGGGAAACAGUGAGAAUAACUCAGACUCUUUAACCGUCAUUUUCGUGAGGGGCUUUUGAAGAGAGGAGUAAGGCACUUGGGACUGGAUGCGACAGGAGAUAGCGCUCACUAUAGCGCCUUUCAUAACCUCCCUAAAAGGAUCACCAGAGAAUGGCUGAAGUAGUGCGUCAGGCGUCCUCAAAGUCAGAGCCGAACGCAACACAUUUUCUGUGGAUUUCAGUUUUCAAGAGUCUGCAGACCAUAGCAGGGGACCAUGGUUAUGUUGAAGAUCUCUGCUUUCCUUGUUGCCUAUGCGCUGGUCAUUUGCCAGAUGUACAGCUCAAAUGCCGCACCCGCCAGACCCGGCUUAGAGACAACAGACCGCAUCACACUUACCGACUACGAGGCUCGGAGGUUACUGAACGCCAUAGUGAAAGAGUUUGUGCAAAUGACGGCGGAGGAAAUGGACCAACAAGCCGUCGAUGGAAAUAGCCUGGAUAGACCCUUGUCCAAGCGCUGCUCCAAUCUGAGCACGUGCGUGCUGGGCAAACUGUCGCAGGAGUUGCACAAAUUGCAAACUUACCCGCGCACCGACGUCGGCGCUGGCACGCCCGGCAAGAAGCGGAGCCUCGGGGAGCCCGGUCGCUAUGCAAGCUACGCGGAGUCGUUUGACACCGUCUAAAGCAGUCUGCCCCCACCUUCCCCAUCGUUUCUUCUUCUUCUUCUUUUUUUUUUCGUUCGAUGCAUGUGGAUCUUGCCUGCUUGAUUGACUUCUGAGAAAACCGUGAUUGCAUACCUCUCAUUUUUUCAGUUUAGUUUUUCUUUUUUCCCCUCCUCGAAUCCUCUUGUUUUCAGCAGAGAAUGAUAGCUGGAUCCUUUCAGACACUCCAAAUUAUUAUUUGAACAUCGAAAAGGAAAUUUUAUUCGCAUAUACCGAUUAUUUUUUAGGUGCAUGGUACGCACCCACCUUUAAAUAUCUUGAUGAUAUCAACAGUAAUAAAAAUAUACGAUUAAUACCAGUGAUAAUAAUAAUAAUACCAAUAAUAAAUGCUUCUCAUGCGUGACCAUGUUUCUUGUUGAAUAAACUUAUUUUUCUACCAGGAAAAUCUCUUUCCCCUCUUUUGUUCAAGUAUAUUAUACAUAUUGGAUCUCGAGAAUUGUUUUGCUCUUUACAUGCUCGAGUUAAGCUAUUUAAUGCAGCUGCCACUAUAAAAACUCAUUGCGUUACACAUUAACAUGACUGGUGCUACUUGAACUCGAAUAGCCCCUUUUGCUAUCAUGCCAAAGGCCUAUACUCACAGUUCUCAGGUAAGAUGUUUUACAGUAGGCUACGACCAAGUUGAUUAUUGUUCCGAUUUUAAAUCUGGAAAAUAAAAAAAAUUAUUAAAUGAUUGAAAUGGAUUGUAAUGGUUGUAUCGUUGCAAAUUCUUGUAUUAAAACCAUUCUGCAAUGUGCUGUCUGUUUGCUGUUUUAAUCUUGUGAGUACGAUAUCCCAAUAAACUCCCU